AUGUCAGUUCCUGAGUGCGUGGGAAGUUAUUCCUGGAAUCUCGUGCUGGCUACUCGGUGUCCGUGGUUAACCAAGGCCAUCUCACCUGUUGUGCCUCUAUACAAUGGCAUCGUCUUCCUCUUUGUGUUGGCCAACUUCAGCAUGGCCACCUUCAUGGAUCCUGGAGUCUUUCCCAGAGCGGAUGAGGACGAAGACAAAGACGAUGACUUCCGAGCUCCGCUUUAUAAAAACGUGGAGAUAAAGGGAAUUCAGGUGCGGAUGAAGUGGUGUGCCACGUGCCACUUCUACAGACCUCCGCGCUGCUCACACUGCAGUGUGUGUGACAACUGUGUGGAGGAGUUUGACCACCACUGUCCAUGGGUGAACAACUGCAUUGGCCGGAGGAAUUACCGAUAUUUCUUCUUGUUCCUGCUGUCUCUAAGUGCUCACAUGGUGGGAGUGUUUUCCUUCGGCCUACUGUUCGUCUUACACCACCUUGAGAGGCUGAGUGCGCUUCACACAGCUGUGACUCUUGUGGUUAUGUGUGUGACUGGCCUGUUUUUCAUCCCUGUUAUGGGCCUCACUGGGUUCCACAUGGUUCUCGUAGCCAGAGGACGAACCACAAACGAACAGGUGACAGGAAAGUUCCGAGGAGGAGUGAAUCCAUUCACUCGGGAUUGCUGUGGUAAUGUGAAACACGUCUUAUGCAGUCCACUUGCUCCUAGGUACAUCGCUGAUCCCAGGAAGAAAAUUCCCAUCACUCUGAAACCACCGUUCCUCCGCCCUGACCUCUCUAACCGACACGUCAGUGUAAAAGUCAGUGAUAAUGGUAUCCAUAGUAGCAUCCUACGAACCAAAUCUAAGACCAGCCUGGAUGGUGUGGAUGAUAAAAGUAUAGAUACACAACCACCUCUGCCGCCCAAAGCAGAUCGCUACAACCAGCUAAAGAGUCAACUCCCCUCCAGCGAAGAGAGUUCCCUGUCCAGCAAACCCACCAAUCCAUCCACUUCAGCCAUGUACAAAUACCGACCUUCCUUCGGCACCAUGCCUAAAGUGCACUAUCACGCAACCGGAGAGAAGAUUGUAAUGUCCGAGAACGGUAAGCCCUCUGCCGUUUUGGAGGAGAGAGGUCACGAUUACCGCUCCGAGCCGAAUCUGGACAUGCCAGACUACCGCGGCACUCCUCUUCACCGAACAUACCAGUCCUCCCCUUUCCAGCUGGACUCCUUCAGCACGACGUCUCGUUCAUUCAGUCUGAAGCAGGGAGUGAACAGGGCCGACCAGAUGCCACUGGGGGGCAGCAAACCAGAAACGGUCACUUCCACCCCUCACAAAGGAGUCUUCUCACCUGGGACGUUGUCGGGCCGCAAUGGCAGCCUAUCCUACGACAGCUUGCUAACCCCCAGCGUAACGCCGUCUGUGGGCGAGUGCGCCGCUCACCCAGGAGUGCCCUCUAUGGGUUUUCAUUCACCUUACCUGCCCACUAAAAUGUGCCAUGUACGAGGGCCCGAGCUUCAGCGGCACAUCGGCCCGUCGUCCUAUAGUCCUGUGCACGUCGGAGCGAUGUACGGGCACCAGUCGCCGCUCUCAAGAGACCGAGAUCCCUCGCCCGUCCGCUACGACAACCUCUCCAAAACCAUCAUGGCUUCCAUCCAGGAGAGGAAGGAGCUCGAGGAGAGGGAGAAGCUCAUGCAUCGGCACGCUCAAGCCUACGCCAACGAUUCGGGUGUAUUUGACACCUGCAGCGGAGCCGCCUACGGACUCCCACCUGGCACAUGCUUCCCCGACGGAUCCCGAGAGCCCACUCCUCCUGUGUGCGGCUCUCGGGAUAACUUGAUGGGAGUCGGGGUGGUGGGAUACGCUCCCCGAACACCCGUUCUGCGUUCCUCUGCAUCCUCGCUCUCCAGAGCGCCGAGGACUUCCACGACGUCCCUCCACACCGAUGCAGGCGGUGCGAGCCGGACAGUCGAGCGCCAGUAUCGCUCUCCGGUGCACCAAACACACCACUCCCCAACAGCUGUGCCCCGUUCCCCGACAUACGUGCAUCAGAAGGUCGCCUUCAUUAGCGCCCUGGAGAGGGCAGACUCGCAGCAUCUUGGUACAAGAGAGGGCCUCUGUCAAGGUAAAGUCAACGGGCAACUAAAGGGCCAAGCACGUGACUGCCAUCUAGGGACUCCUUCUGGAACUCCCAGCAGACACGCCAAUGUCAAAAAGGUCACAGGAGUGGGCGGGACUACAUAUGAGAUUUCCGUUUGACGGACAGCUUGAAGAGCCACUGCCUGUGAGGAGAAGCACUGCCAUGGCAACACUUGUGCUCAAGUUUCUCUUUUUUUUUCACAGUUUUUUUUUAAAUAAUAUUCAAAUGCCCGAUCAGGAGAAACACAGUUCUGAUGGGAAAAGUUUUUGCAUUGGCCAUUUCUUUGCUAAAGAGAUGGCAAGCAACUUUCCAUGUGACCCAGUGUAUAAUAUAACAGGAGUGCUUCGUCAAAGAAGCGUUGUAUGUUUUUAAAGUGUCAGCCAUCAGGAUAUAAAUCGCACACAACAGAAAAUAAUGGUUUAAUUGCUUAAAAUGGACAUUUAAAAUAUAUAUACCAUUAAGGGCUGAAUAUGUACAGUGUCAGUUCAGUUGUUUGUAUAUAAAAUAUCAAAGUUCGCAUAUUGAAUGCAAAUGUGCUCAGUAUGCAGGUCUUUCACACACUUGAAUGUGAGUGUAUAUGAACUCGCCAGUAACACUUUUAUGUUUUUGUCGUUAUGCUGAUCUAAUAAUCAGGGUUUCAUCUCAAAUGCAUUUCUCUGUUAAGCUAUCAGGUUCCAAACAAACCAUAACAGCACUUGUGUACUUUAAAAAAAACGAAACAGAAGUUUUAUUUUUCAGAUAUGGUGGUCAUUUACACGUUUUCUAAUGUAAAACUAUAAGCUGCCAUAGAAAUAAACAUAAAUGUGUAUAUGUAAAAUGAAAAAAGAAAAUGGGGAAAAAAAUACUGAUACUGGUUGUUAUCACCAGUUUGUUAAAACUUUCUUUAAAACUUUGUUUUUCUUUAUA